AUGACCGGCCAAGAAAGCGGGCACGGCAGAGCUGCAAUACCUGCAAGGCGCGUAAAACACGGUGUGUGGGUAGUGUUCAAUCCGAACAGCAGGAAGCGGCCAUUUUAUAGGGUUUCCAGCGAUGUCUUUGAUCAUUCCAUCAAACUGCUUCGCCGCUUCGUGUCGGAAGAGGAGCUGCCUGACCUGACGGUGGAAAACAUCCAGAGGGUCCUGGCCAACGUGGAAAUGCGCUCCAAUAAACCCCCUGUAACACAGACGCCUUCAACAGAAGUUGAACGCAAUGGUGUUGAUGAUACUCAGCCUGCUGCUGGCGAGAUCCAAGAGGUUGUGGAGAGGGAUGAACAUCCACUCCUGCAAGAAGACUUGGGAUCCAUGAUCCUGGAUUCCCUUGGCAAAUAUCGUUACGUCGGGGCAGAGUCUUCGAUUCGUUGGAACCAUGCUGCUCGAAUGGCAUGCGCGAGCUCCUCAAUCCACCUGGACCCGAAGGUGGUAUCACCGUUGAAAACAGGGUUGUUACCGCCCCUGACGCCAGAGAGUACAAGCACCGCCCGGACUACUGCCGAGAUCUCCUUCCCGUGUCGUCAGCUCUGUAUGCACUAUGUGACACGCUUCUUUGAGCAUAUCCAUUGCCUGUACUGGUUCUACUCGCCCGAACAAUUCUAUCCGCUCCUUGAGGCUACGUUGAAUGAUGGAGGGACGACAGCAACAGCAUCAUGGCUGUGUUCGCUAUAUUCGAUAUUUGCUCUAGGGAGUAUGCGAUCGGGUAAAUAUGCUGCAGGACCUGGCAUGGUAACACCACCUCAGGAUUGCAAGCAGACAGCAGAUUAUCUCGCCAUGGCAAAAGACCAAUCAUCCGCCGCUGCAGACGAAGCCGACCUCGAGACUAUCAAGGCUUUCGGACUGUUGGGCUUAGCAAUGCAUGGCUCGUGUUACAGUAUGGCUGCAUACCUCAAUGUGGGAGCGGCGGUCAAGAUUGCUUUCUCGCUCGGGCUGCAUAGAGACAUGUGCUCCAGGACAAAGGAUCUGAUCGAAAGGGAGAGAUGCAGACGCUUAUGGUGGACAAUCUACACCCUGGACCAUGAAAUCUCAAUUCGUCUGGGCUAUCCGUGCGCGAUCGUUGACGAGGCUAUUUUCAUGAAUAUCCCACCAGCGUCUGAACAGGUGCUAGACCCGGGCCCCAACAUGCCGCUGGGUUAUCAAGCUCUGUUCGUGAGCCUGGUGAAGCUGAGAAAGAAGAUCAGUUACGACUGUUUCCUUGAACCGGCACAAGCCGGCGGUCGGUUACCGAUAAGCCGCGUGUUCAACAGUUUAGCCCGUCAGCGGAGGUGGUUGGAGGGCGUCCCUUCAUAUCUCCACUGGAAGUCUUCUCUUCCGCCUCAACAUCGACGAGCGGUCGCAGUGCUACACCUGCGGUACUGGAUCUCGGUCAUCUUCAUCACGCGGCCUUUCCUGCUGUUCCUGGUCGCGAAGCCUUCCCAGAUCACGGUCCUCGCGAAACGAAAAUGCUACGAGGAGUUGAGUGCCAGGUGCAUCCAGGCAGCCGAGAGGGCUGUGGAAGUCCUGAAGCACAUGAAAGAGGCGGACGUCUUGUCGAGCAUGACCCUCUUUGACUGUCACUCCAUCGGAGAGGUGAUGUGGAUCCUGAUACUUGCAUUCCAGAAACUGGGCAGCGCCGAACAUCAACAAAUCAUCAGGUUUUGUCUGGAAACUCUCAAGAGCAUGGAUCAAGUGGGUUGGUGUGGCAAAGUCCUACCCGAUCUGGAAGCACGGGUCCAAGAAAGCGGUACCCUGGACAACCCGGCACCCAAUCUGACAUACUCAGACCAGACACUUGCUACAGAACAAAUGCCUCCCCAAAACGAUCCAGGGGCCAGCAGAGUUGACACCAGCCUAAUGAUGCAGACCUCCCCUCCACCGCCGCCCUCUCAAGCCCUGGAACAGUCGCUUGAUUUCUUUGACUUUGACUUCAGCGGCUCUCAAUUUAGCGCCUAUGAAAUGUUUGACCUCGAUUGCCAUUCGGACUUGCUGGGUGUGUUCGAUGAUACGACUUCAACAGCCCCUAUCUCCAUGUUCGGCAUGCUCCCAGUGUAG